UAUUGAGUUACAUAAACUGAUGGCUUCAAAAUUAUUUUAUAUCUAGGUAUACAACAAUAACAACAAUAAUCUUACCAAUAUAGGUUGUGUUGCAGUAGUGAGACUGUUUCACCUUUAAUCAGGGUUUUCGAGUUCAAGCCUUGGAUAUGGAGAAAAUCUAGUUGGGAGCACCACUCCCGAAUGAACCCUGCAGUGCGCGAUCCAAAUUUAGUUGGGGCUCCAAACACCGGGUAGAAAACCAAAAACAAUAAUAUUCUUUAGUCCCAAAUUAAUCAUAUGAAUACUCUAUUGUAAUAACUAACAUGUCUUAUUUUUAAAACAAAAAAGGGUUAAAAAUACUCUGAACAAUGUGAAAUUGAACAAAAAUAUUUUCAUCUAAUAGUUUGAACUAAAAAUAUCCUUGUGUUAGUAGUUUGGUCUUAAAAAUGACUCUAUCAUUACUUAAUGGUCUAAAAAUGUCUUUAUCGUCAAUAAUGACGGAGUCAGGAUUUUGACUAAAGCGGUUCAAAAUCUGAAGAAGUAGACACACAAAGUAGUCGAAGGAGGUUCGAGAUCAACUGUAUAUACAUAAAAAAAAAUUAUUUUAAUCAUGUAUAAAUAGUAUAAUUUUCCACCGAAAGAAGUUCGGAUGAGCCCUAACCACAUGAUAAUUCCGCCACUGACCGUCAAUAAUGAACUUUAAAUUUUCACUCCGUCUGUGAUGGUAUAUAUAUGCACAUAACUUAAAACUAUUCAAGAAAAGAACUGUUACACCUCAUCAUCCUUAAUGUAUAAAAAGGUCACUAUUCUCCAACACUUAAGUAUCCAACUCACAAAUCCAACACCAUUUUUGCCUUACACCCAAAAUCCUUCACACAAAACACAUUCACUUGCAGUUCAUCAAUAACUGGUUUCAAUUUUCAUCUCUAAUCCACAUAAUUUCCACUUUCCAUAAAUGGCUUCCUUAAUCCAUUUCAAUAAUCUCAACCCUAAUUUCCACGAAGCUUCCCCUAAUUAUUAUUCUCAAACAAAAAAUUAUAUAUUUAUAAAUGUCGACUACUUAUGGUGGAAAGAAUAACAUUAUCGGGGGCAGUAAUAAUUCUGUUACUAUUGCCCCCGAUAAUAAAAGUUAUUCGGGGCGCCACCCCGUUUACCGAGGAAUAAGGAGAAGAAAAAGUAGUGGGAAAUGGGUAUCUGAAAUUCGCGAGCCUAGGUCCCCUAACAGGAUUUGGCUCGGCACGUUUCCCACCCCCGAAAUGGCUGCGGUCGCGUAUGAUGUGGCGGCGAUCGCGCUUAAAGGUCCCGACGUGGAUCUCAACUUCCCUAACUCGGCUGCCUCUUUGCCUGUUCCUGCCACGAGCUCUGCUCGUGACAUCCAAAUAGCUGCAGCCGGAGCAGCUGCAGUGGUUGGGGCAGCCGGGGACGCGUUGUUAGCCGCGGCUACCACACGUAGGGAGAUGGUAAUUAAUGAAAGGGGUAAAAUGGAGAAUUUGGAGAUUGGGAAUUAUGAGUUUAUGGAUGAGGAUUUGAUAUUUGAUAUGCCAAAUGUUCUUGUUAAUAUGGCUGAAGGGAUGUUAAUGAGUCCACCAAGGUUCAAUAUGCAUGAUGAUGAUCACACUACUAUUGCCUACCAGAAUUUGUGGAAUUAUACCUAAUAAUUUGCUAUUUCUACAAGCAACAUGAAAAAAAAAAUGAAUUUCAAAUAAUGUUGAACUUAAAUAAGUUGAAUAUGUAAAUUAUAAUUAUGUGUGUGUUAAUUUGCAUUUUUUUGGUUUCCUUCCGAAGUCUGGUAUUCUUAUUGCAGCCUGACUAAAUUCGAAUUCACGCGUUACAAUGCCUAUUUCUGGAGGCGGCGCUCUCAACAAGAUUUUUUUCAUUUUGAAGCCUCAAAACUGAGAUCUCUAGUUAAGAAUGGAGAAAUCUUAAUUAUCGAUCUCAGCACAACUCAUGUUGUCGUUCUUUUAUUGUUUGUAAAGGGUUUUGAUCAUGUUUGUUUUUAAUUAUAAGAAGUACAGUAUUAUAUAUCCCUUAAAUUUGGUUCAAAUGAAGAUAUUACUUGUGUUCUUUUA